AUGUCGGCUCACCUUGGACUGUCCGCCCCGGUGCUUGCACCCCUUUCGCCCGUCACCGGCACCUUCGCCCUGCCCUUCACGGCCUACUUCUCGUUCCUCAGCUUCCGCGUCGUCAGCAACCGCCUGAGCGACAAGGCCUACCUCGGCGACAACUCGUCCAAGUCGUCGGACCCGGCCGAGCGCAACCAGAACAAGCUGUACCUCGCGACGCGCAGCCACCAGAACUUCAUCGAGAACGUGCCGCUGGCGCUCGUGCUCGCCGCCGUCGCCGAGCUCAACGGCGGCAACCGCAAGGCCCUCACCGGCGUCCUGGGCACGCUGUUCGUGCUGCGCGUCCUGCACGCCGAGCUGGGCAUGAUGGGCAAUGGCAUGGGUACCGGACGGCCCAUCGGCUACUUCGGCACCUUGGCUACCCUGGGCGGGCUGGCGGGUUAUGCGGCGUACCUCGUCAAGGCCUACUGGGGGUUCUAG